UGAUUUCUAAAUUUCUAACCUAAAACUAAAAUAUUUGUAUGUAUAAAAGUGCAUAGUGCGCAUUGAGCGUAUUUAAUAAUAAAUAUUUAAUAUUUAAUACAAUUAUUAACAGAAAAAGUUAUAAAAAUUUUUAGAGGUGUUAAUAUUAAGUAUUUAUACAAGGUUACUUUUAAAUUUUAUCAAUUACAAUGGCUGAUAAUAGUUUCGAUCAUGGUCAAGCUCAAAAUCAAGAACAAGGGACAAAGUUAAGUUCAUCAGCUGAAAUUCCUCAAUUUUUAAGCAAAUCAAAAUUGCAAGAUUUAGUAAGGGAAGUUGACCCUACGGAGCAGUUGGAAGAAGAAGUGGAAGAAAUGUUGCUCCAAUUAGCCGAUGACUUUGUGGAAACUACAGUCAACGCGGCUUGUCUUUUAGCAAAACAUAGGCAUGCCAACACCGUAGAGGUCAAAGACGUCCAACUUCACCUAGAACGAAGUUGGAACAUGUGGAUUCCUGGAUUUGGCACUGAUGAGGUGCGGCCGUUCAAACGUGCAACAGUCACGGAAGCACAUAAACAACGCUUGGCUUUGAUUAGAAAAAAUAUAAAAAAAUAUUAACUAUAGACAUUAAUUUAAUCUUAAAAA